AUGAUUGAGAAACCAGCCAACAUAUCCACAAUAAUGGAAUUUUUGCUAAUGGGGUUCCCUGAUGACUGGAUGCUUCAGAGAUUGUGUGCAGCACUCUUCUUCCUCAUUUACCUGACAGCACUGAUGGGGAAUCUCCUCAUUGUCAGCCUCACCACUAUUGACCCGCACCUCCAAGGUCCCAUGUAUUUCUUCUUGAAGAAUUUAUCAUUGAUUGAUAUCUGCUACAUCUCUGUCACAGUUCCCAAAUCCAUCAUGAACUCUCUGACCAACAGUCAUUCCAUUCCCUUCCUAGGAUGUGCCUCACAAAUGUUUCUUUUUAUUUUUUUUGCUGGUGCAGAGUAUGCCCUCCUUAUAGUCAUGGCCUAUGACUGCUCUGCUGCUAUCUGCCACCCUCUGCGCUAUGAAACCAUUAUGAAUAGAAGUGCCUGUGUGCGGAUGGUAACUGCAUCAUGGUUUAGUGGAUGUGUCUAUGGAUCCAUUCACGUUGCAGGUAUAUUCUCUGUCAAUAUCUGUGGAACCAACAUAGUACAUCAGUUCUUCUGUGACAUUCCAUCACUUCUUGCACUUGUUUGUCCUGAGGAACAAAUUCUGGAAUAUGCAUUUAUAAUUGCUAGCCUUUUCUUUGUCUUUUUAUGCUUUAUUUUCAUGAUUGUCUCUUAUGUUCAGAUUUUCUCAGCUGUCUUAAAGAUUCCAUCCUCUCAAGCCAGGUUCAAAACGAUUUCUACCUGUAUGCCUCACAUCACUGUUUUGACUUUAUUCCUAUUUUCUGGCAUUGUUACAUAUUUAGGUAGAGAUUUCAAAUCUGCAUCAUCACUGAAUCUGCUUAUGUCUGUAUUAUACUCUAUGCUACCUCCCAGCCUGAAUCCUCUCAUUUAUAGCCUAAGGAAUAGGGAUAUGAAGACAGCACUAUACAAAUUACUGGGUGGUAAAGUGUGA